CCACCAUGAUUACAAGACGACGACACAGAAAGCAACCCCCAAAAUUUUGCAAUUUUUAACAGCUUAGCUUAGAUGAUAUCCUUCAAUUUCAUUCCCUUGUACUGCUCUGCUCUGCCUCUCUCUCUCUCUCUCUCUCUCUCUAGCUCUGGUAUGGUAAAUGUCACACACGCCAUCGCCACCUAUCUAUUCUUUCUUCGUCCGUAAUGUAAUGUAUAGCUGGAUAGAUAUCCAUCCUUCUCCGUAUUUAAGUUUCCUCACGAGACAAGAAAAGCCACCCCAUAGCCAUUAAAGAAAAAGCUUUGCAGGCAGGCUGCAUCAAGAUGAGAUGAAGAUAACUAUGUAGUAUUAUCAUCAACCACCAUGACCAUGGCUCCUCCUCCACCGCUUUCGUCUCCUCCUUCCUCCUCCAAAUCUCCUCCCCCUCCUCCUUCUCCUGCUCAUCCUCCAGGGUUCUCUCCUAUUCAAGAAGCCGCCAGGUGGAGGACAGAGGAAAACAGAGCAACUGCGCCGCAGCUGCAGACCCCCAUCAACCGCCCGCCCCACCCAAAGAAGGGCAGGCCCUCCUCUUCCGCCGCCAAGAAGCGGGCCGAGCAGAGCGGCGACGACGGGGAGGAUGGCGACGUGUCGGUCAAGUGCAACAAGUGCCGCCCCCACGCUCGCGAGAAGAUCACAAUUGUCCCCCUCGACAAUAACGGCGGCGGCCUUGGCCGCCACUCCCUCCCGUCCCCCAAUGGGAUCCUGAAAUCGAUCCUGUCCUCCCUCACCAAGAAGAGCCCCCGCCCCGGCUCCGACCGCUCGGACACUUCCUCUCGGGAGGAGCAGUGGAAGAUUGCCCUCGCGGAGCUGUCCCACAAGCUCAUCCACGCCACGCGGAGGCGGGAUGAGGCCAUUCUCGAGGCCUCCCGCCUCAAGCACUCCGUCGCCGAGCUCGAGCGCAAGCUCAACAAGCUCGAAAUCUACUGCCAAAACCUCCGCUCCGGCCUCGAGGAAUGCACCAGCGCCACUGGCAGUUCACCUUUCCGGCCAGGCAAGGCCUUGAAUUUUCCAAACGAGCAAGCGAUCGACCGGUUCCUCGUUUCAGUGUCGGAGGCCCGGUCCGCAGUUCGAGUCCUGAGCCGUUCCCUCACGAUGCAGCUCCGACACAUCGGGCCCAAGGUGUUCGACAAGCUCUCCCAAUUACUCCAGCCCUACGACAUCAAGAUCUCGCCAUCGCAGAGCCCGAGGACGCUCAUCUUCUACCUCGAGGCCAUCCUUAACCGGUCCUUCUACGAGGACUUCGAGUCUGCCCGGUUCGAGAAAAACCGAGCCGCACCCGUCCUCAACCCGACCGAGCGGUGCGAGGCGAACCUGGUGUCGUUUAACAACUUGCGUGGGCUCACGUGGGACGAGGUCCUGAGCAAAGGGACGAAGCACUUCAGCGAGGACUUCAGCCGGUUCUGCGAUCGGAAGAUGAGCGAGAUCGUGGGCAUGCUAGGGUGGGCCAGGGCAUGGCCGGAGCCACUCCUACAGGCCUUCUUCGGGGCAUCCAAAGCGGUAUGGCUGGUCCACUUGCUGGCCAACUCAGUCCAUCCAGGACUGCCCAUCAUGAGGGUCGAUUCAGGGGUGAGGUUCGACUCCGGUUACAUGGAGGACAUGGGGGCGGACCGCGCGAGGAAGCUGGUCCCGAGUACAGUCCGGAUCAUGGUCGCGACAGGAUUUUACGUCUAUAGCAGCGUGGUGAAGUGCAAGGUUCUGUGCCGUUACUAUAGUAGCAGCACCAGCAGCAUAGGCGGUGGUGUUAGUAAUUUUAGUACUGAUGAGAGGGGCAUAAUAAUCCAAUCUCCUUAGCAGUUACUCAUGAUUAUUUGUCUUGAUUUGGUUUAUAGUAUCGUCGUUUUGGAUUCGUUUUGUCUCUUUUGUUUUUGUCUUGUCUGCAACACGUGCGGGUUAUUAUGUGAUAAGAGCUUAAUGUGAAUGCUAAUUGAACCAUCUUAGGGAACGUAGAUGCUCCCAAUUCCUUCGUAGCCUCCGAUGGUCAAAAUAUUUUGGAAGA